AUGGUAAAAAAGAGAAAAGAGCUAUCAAAGAAUACCGCUAGUCAAUGCACAACCUCACAAUUCACAAACAAUCCAAAGGAGCAACGUUUUAACGAUUCCGAAAGUAUUCUUUUUGCAGAAGAUUUCCAACAGAAAACAGAACAAAUACCACAAGAAGAAAUUGACAAGUUGUUGCAUUUUAUUGAUAAAGGAGUUGUAGUGAAAGUAUUGGGAAAAGGAGGACAAGGUGCAAUUUAUAAAUUUACAAGAAAUGACAAGAGCACUGUGUGGAAGAUAAAUUUAAUUCGAUCAGAACUUGGUUCAAUAGAAGCCAAUCAUGCACUCAGACUAAACCAUGAUAAUGUUAUUAGAACAAUUGAAUAUAGAACAUUGAGAAAUAUUCCUUGUCUAGAAAUGGAAUAUGCUGAACAUGGUUCCUUGAUAGAUUUAAAAAGGAGUCAUGUUGUUGGAAAUGUACUAGCUGUACAAAUUUUAUUUCAGGUUAUGAAUGCACUGAUUUUCAUUUGUGAUAUCCAUAAAAUGGUUCAUGGAGAUAUCAAGUUGGGAAAUAUUUUAGUGAAAGAAUUAGAUAACGAAUUCAUUCAUGUAAAAGUAGCAGAUUUUGGAUACUCAUUCAAGACACAAGAUGAUUCAAUUGUUAACCAAAAACCAGUAACUGGUAAAACUGAUGGUUUUUUAGCGCCUGAAAUUUCAAAUGAAGCAAGAUACGAGCUCAUUCAUACGCGUUAUUCAUUGGCCUCUGAUGUGUAUGCACUUGGGGUCAGUAUUAGAAAUUUGGUUGGUCUGCACAAAUCAACUAAUGCUGAUGAAUAUGAAAUACUGAAGUAUUUGAGUGAAUGGAUGAUGGCUUAUGAUAUUAAUUUAAGAAAUAAUUUUGCAAACGAAAUCAGGGAGGAUAUUAAAUAUUUACAAAAGAAGGAAAUUAAUUUAGUGAGAGCAGUUUACUAUUUAAGGAAGGAAGCAAGCAAAAAGGAAAUUAUUGGUAUGGUUUCUGAACAUGGAAAUCUUCUCAAGUAUUUGCAAUACUCUUACAGAAAUGAUGUGAACGUAGUAUUUUCUGCCAUUCAAAAUAAUGCUAGCUCAUUCAGAUACAUUUCAAAUCAGUUGAAAAAUAAUCAACUUGUUUGUUACUUGUCUAUUCUUAAGAAUCCAAAAGUAAUUGAUUUUAUUGGUUCCGAUAAUGGCUUAGUAUACGAUCGAAAGUUAUUGAGAAGAGUUUUAAUUAGAGAUGCAAAAUUAGUUAAACAUUUCAAUAAUAAUAAGCAAAUUAUUGAAAUAGCUUUGGAAAUAUAUCAUGAUACACUCAAGUUUGCCUCUCCAACUCUGAGAUCAGACAAAGAAUUGGUUUCUAAAGCAAUGGAGUUUAGUCCACUUGCUCUUCAGUUUGCUUCUGAAGAAUUACGAAAUGACAAGGACAUUGUUCUGAAAGCCACGUCUCUAAACCCCUAUGCAUUUGAAUUUGCAUCUGAUAGAUUGAAGAAAGACAAAGAUAUUCUCAUGGUCAUGUGUUGUAUGAAGGAUUUUCUUACUCCUGGUACAAUUAAGAACACUAUUCCACAACAGAAUUUGAAUAGCAAGUGGUUCGUGAAAGAUAUCCUUUCAAAACGACAGGUAGAACGUACCACUGUGGGAUUGGAUAUUUCUUUGUGGGAAAACCCUCCACCUUUUAUUUUUGAAUCAGAUAUUUUGAAUCAUUUAAUAAUCAAACGUGAUUGGUUAGAAACUCAACCAGAUAUUAUCAGAAACAAUGAAGCUAUAAUACUGCAGUCUCUCUCAUUUAGUAAGAAGAAUUUUGAAUAUGCUGAUUAUUUGAAAAAAGAUAUGAAUUUUAUUGAGCGAGCUUUGAUGAAAAACCCAAAAGUUUACAAGUUUUUAGAUAAUAAUUUAUCCAGGAAUGUACGCUUAGAGCUUGUAAAAAUUCCGAGAAAUGAUAUUCGAUUUUCGUUUAGAUCUGGAGAAUCAAGAGAAAUUUCAAGGAAAAUAUUUGGUAUUUUUAUGGAAAGUGAAUUAUUAACAACAAUGAACAAAACAUUGGAAGUUACUUGCUCAGAUUCCGAUAAGUUGGAUCAAAUUAUUGACCUGGUUAUGAAUGAUGUCGAAAGGGUAGAUGUCAUUAAAUAUAUAACACCAGAAGUAUGGAAAAAUUCCAAAUUGGUAGAUGCUAUGAUAGAGAUGAAAAAUUUUGAAUUCUUGCAAAUGAGUGAUAUUUACAACAACCACAUUGAGGUGAUGGAUAAAGUUAGUGCUUUCGAACCUAAACUUGCCCUUAGCUAUGCAUCAAAAGAGUUACAGAAUGAUGCAGAUUUUGUGUUAAGAAUAGUUCAACAAAAUGGUUUAGCUCUUGAACAUGCCUCCUAUGAAUUGAGAAAUAAUAAGGAAAUAGUACUGGUAUCUGUGUGUAACAAUGGACAUGCUUUGGAAUUCGCCUCACCAACCCUUCAGUCCGACAGGGAUGUAGUUUUGGAAGCCAUAGAUAAUGAUGGAACAUCCCUUAGAUUUGCUUCUGAGGCUCUUAGGACUGACAAAUUUCUCAUACAUGAAGCCAUUACGAAAUCUGGUCUGUCAGCAUUAAGAGGAGUCAUCAUUGACGAUUCUGAUAAUGAUAUCAUUCAAAAGGCGCUAGAGAUUGGUUUCCCUUCCAAAGAUAUUAGAGUGCCUUUUGAUGAUUUCAUUCAUUCAGUCAAGAUGAAAAAUACUAACCUCUUCUGGAAAUACAUUCCAAAUAAGUGGAUGAAAAACAAGGAGUUUGUCUUAUCAGUUUUAAGAAUGGAACCUUUAUUAUUGGAGUAUUUUACUGAAUUUAAAAAUAACAAACAAGUUGUUACAGAAGCCAUAGUUCUUACAGGACUAGCUCUCAAGUUCGCUGGUGAUAAGCUCAAGAAAGAUAGUGACAUUGUUAUGGAAGCCAUUUUGGAAAAUCCACUGGCUAUCAAUUAUGCACAUGAAUCUAUUUUAGAUGAUAGUUCUAUAUCUGGUAAUUUGAAAAUUAUGGAAUAUUUAGAAAGUGGUAAAACUAAUCCUCCAGCUGUUAUUCAAAAAAAAUCAGCUGCUUUAUUUGAUACUGAAAAAAUUAACCUUGAACCUGGAUUGGAAUUCUUAAAAAUAACGCUUCUAGAAGAGGAUAAUGAGAUGUCAGAAAAUGAGAAAAUGGGUAAUGAAGUGAUUGAAAACUUAUUCUGUUGA